AGCUGGACGGCGGGACCGGCCCGACGGGAGCCGGGGCGGCGAUGGCCGGGGUGCUGUCCGAGGGUCUGGCCGGGGGUCUUGCCGGGGGUCUGUCGGGACCCCGGUCGGGGCCGGAGCCCUCGGCGGAGGCGGACUCGGACUCGGACACGGACUCGGAGGGUCCCGUGGCCGGCGCGGGCCUCGGCCCCGACCCCGGCCCCGACCCCGGCCCCGGCCCCGGCCCCGGCCCGGGCCCCGGCUUGGCCUCUCCGGUCGGCUCCCAGGUGAUCCACAGCGGUCACUUCAUGGUGUCCUCCCCGCACAGCGACUCCCUGGAGCGGGGGGCGCGGCGGCGGCGGCGGCGGGGACGGCUGGGCCCCCCGGCCCCCGGGGACUGCGGCCCGCCCACCAUCGACCCCACCCUCACCCGCCUCUUCGAGUGCAUGAGCUUGGCCUACAGUGGGAAGUUGGUGUCUCCCAAGUGGAAAAAUUUCAAGGGCUUGAAGCUCCUCUGCCGGGACAAAAUCCGCCUCAACAAUGCAAUCUGGAGGGCCUGGUACAUCCAGUAUGUGGAGCGGAGGAAGAGUCCCGUGUGUGGCUUCGUGACUCCCCUGCAGGGCUCUGAAGCCGACGAGCAUCGCAAACCAGAGGCAGUGGUCCUGGAGGGAAACUACUGGAAACGGCGGAUCGAGGUGGUGAUGCGCGAAUACCACAAGUGGCGGAUUUACUACAAGAAACGGCUCCGAAAGCCCAGCAGAGAUGGGGACCUGUUGGGGCCCAGGCAGGCCGAGAGGGUAUGGCCCCCCCCGGAGCGGUGGUGCCAGCAGCUCUUCUCCAGCGUGGUGCCCGUCCUGCUGGGGGGGUCCAAGGAGGAGCCCGGGGGUGGGCAGCUGCUCGACCUGGACUCCUUCCUGUCGGACAUCUCGGACACCCUGUUCACCAUGACCCAGCUCCCCGCCCCGCCCCCGCUGCCCCCCGAAGAUGCUUACCUGGGCAACGCCGACAUGAUCCAGCCGGACCUGACCCCUCUGCAGCCCAGCCUGGAUGACCUCAUGGACAUCUCGGAUUUCUUCACCAACUACCGGCCCCCCUCGACCCCCAGCUGCUUCCCAGCAGGUCCCGGCUUCAACCCCUCAACCGAGCCCCUGUUCGGAGACCCCCCGGGGCUCCCCGCCGCCCCCUCUGAGAUGCCUCUCUCACCCGGAAGCCGCCUGCAGGCCCGGACCACUUGCCCAGCCCCGCUGGAGUCUCCCAGUGCUUUCCUGAGUCCCGAAUUCCUCCUGCCCCCUGACCCCAAGGCCAGACCCCCUCCGCUUCUCCCCGGGCCCUGCCUAGCCAAGGGGACCAGCGUGGAGCCCGGCCCAACGAACCCCUUCAUCCCCCUGGCCCCUCUCCCGGGGAGCCAGGAGGACCCCCUCCUGUACCCGCUCCCUCGGACCAAGUUUCCCUUCUCCGGCUCAGCUCCCUCCGGAGCGGCCCCUCCUCUGCCCCCUCCUCCAGGCUUCCCCUCGCACCCUCUAGAGCCCCCCUACCCCAUGGAGCUCCUGGCCCAGCCUCCGGGUUACCUGCCCCCUCCCGGUGGCCCCCACUUCUCCGUGCCCCUAAGGGCCCUGCCCAGAACCAGAGUGCCCAGCCCCCGGGGGCGGAGGCCCAGCCCACCGCCGCGGCAUCCCGGCCCCCUCCCUGAAGGCCCCAAUCCCUGCCUCACUCAGCUGCUCACAGCCGCAAAGCUAGAGCCGAGUCUGGAGCCGCCUGCCCUCUGCACCGCGCUGGGGCCUCCGGGCUCCCCGCAGGUUGGAGCCCCUGAGUUCUCUGAAUUCUUCCCCCGGCUGGCACCGCCUCGGCCCCCUCCGGCCCCGACGUCCUUGCCGCCCCCCAGAUCCCUGCUGGUCCCCAAAGCAGAGCGCCUCUCACCCCCCUCCACCAGUGGUGGUGAGCGGCGGCCAUCUGGAGAGCUGUCCCCGCUGCCCCCCUUGACCAGUGUGGGGCUGGGCACAGGCCUCUCCCCACCUCACCCCACAUUCAACCGAGGGCGGCCAGAGAGCAACAAGACGGAGAGCCGCCGCAUCACCCACAUCUCGGCCGAGCAGAAGCGCCGAUUCAACAUCAAGCUUGGCUUCGACACGUUGCACGGCCUGGUGAGCACGUUGAACAGCCAGCCCGGUCUCAAGGUGAGCAAGGCCACGACCCUGCAGAAGACGGCGGAGUACAUCGGCAUGCUGCAGCAAGAGCGGGCGGCCAUGCAAGAGGAGAUCCAGCGGCUCCGGGCCCAGAUCGAGGAGCUCAACUCGGACAUCAACUUGUGCCAGCAGCAGCUGCCGGCCACAGGAGUGCCCAUCACCCACCAGCGCUUCCACCAGAUGCGGGACAUGUUUGACGCCUACGUUCGCGCCCGCACGCUGCACAACUGGAAGUUCUGGCUCCAUCCUGAUCCGGCCGCUGUUCGAGUCCUUCAACGGGAUGGUGUCCACGGCCAGCGAACACAGCCUGCGGCACACCUCCCUCGCCUGGCUGGACCAGCACUGUUCCCUCCCUGCGCUGCGCCCCGCCGUCCUGAGCUCCCUCCGGCAGCUGAGCACCUCCACCUGCAUCCUGACGGACCCGGCCCGCGUCCCGGAGCAGGCCGCACAGGCCGUGGCCACCAGAGCCCUGGGCGGCACCAGCUAGGGGGCUGCCCGCCGUGCCCCGGGCCUCUGCAGCUGACCGUCCGUCUGACCAUCGGUCUGCCAAAACUGUCAAACGCCUGUCGGGGGCCCAGCCUCCAACUCCGUGGAGACUCGUGCCCAAGGCCAGCCUCCCGCCCGCCCUGAGGACAGAGAGUCAGGACAGGGGCUGGGGGCGAGUUAGGGGGAACUGACUAGUUUCCCCUGACCUAGCGGCUUCCGGCGGGGGUCUCCCUCCUCAGCCCCAAGGCCUGUUAGGAAUCAGUAUCUGGACCCGGGGGGCAGGCACAGGAGAGACUGAAUCAAAGCUAGGACUGCCAAUGCCCAUCUAUGCUGCCCCCCUACCUUUCUGACUUCCCCUUCCCGAGUUGCUCCCCAAGCCUGGGCUCCCACACCCCUUCCUUGCCUGCGAGUCACAAGUGAAGGCCUGAGGAUGGCGACGAGGGCAGUGCCAUCUCAGCCUGGGCAGUGGGUUCAGGUGGUCCCUGACCUCCCAGAGGCCGGAGCCACUAUCUCUCCCUCCACCGCUGGGAUCUCGCCUCCUCCAGGAGAAAGAACGGGCUAGAAUGUGGUGGCACUGGGCUGUGGGCCCCCGGGGUGAAGGCCUGAAGUGGGGUGUGCAGGCCGAGGGGUCAAAAGGAGAGAUGCUAGAGGAUUUGGGGUGAGGCAGGAGGAGCCAAGCGUGAGCCUGGUAAAUCUGCCCACGCCUGAGACUUCUCUGGCAUUGCCCUCUGCCAGGAUGGUGUGGCAGGAAGCAGACAGGAACACCAAGGUCACAGAGUGACAGGGGGAGGAGAGUCUGACUGGUGCCCUGCCCAUGGGGCUCAGGAGAGGGGCCCGGUCAGCCAGGGCCCUGGACACCUGGAGGAAGGGAGGGAGGGAGCUGGUGUGAGUGUUAUUUUUUAAAGAAUUUGUGUUGCAUAAAGGAAAAAUGUCGUUCUGAACCUCA